CUCCUCUGGGGCGCCUCGAACGCUGGCCCGCUGCGCCACGGGCUUGAGAGUGGCCGCAUGCGGAAGCAGACCCGGGAGAUGCAAGGUGCCGGCGAGAUGCCGGGGCCCGGAGAAACACCGGACCCGGAAGAGGCAUUGCUGGCAACCAUCCUGGAAACUGGCGGGACGGGGAUUGUUGAGGACUACAUCUGCAACUCGCUUGUAAAGGAGCAGUGGGACGAGGAGCAGACACGCCGUAUGGAGGGGAUGUACAGGCGCGAGAUGCAGGAGGUGUUGGGCCCGAAACAGCAUGCGCUCGGGGCCGAGGUCGACGCCAGCGGGUCUUCGCAACCACUCCCAGACCCACAGCUNCUAGACGACCCAACCGGGAAAUCGAAUGAUUUGGAAGCAGCACCGAUGACGUACAAGGAUGUGAUGUGUUCCAAGUGCAAGGUUUUCUGGGAGGCGGCCAUGAAGAAAGAGAUAGAUGGCCACAAGACCGGAACCUUUACCAAGGUCAAGGAGCUGCCCGAGGGGCGGAAGGCCAUAGGUUCAAAGUGGGUGUUCUCUUGGAAGGCGAAUGAGAAGGGCCUGAUAGUCGACUUCAAGACCCGUAUGGUUGCGCGGGGUUUCUCUCGAAUCCCCGGCAUCGACUUCCACCACUCAUCCUCAGCGUGCCCGUCUGCAGCGUCUAUCAAGACUGUGAUUGCCGUAGCCACUCAAGAGGGCAAGGAACUUGCUCGCUGGGAUGUGAAGCAAGCGUACAUCCACGCUAAGCUAAAAGAAGAAAUAUACCUCAGGUUCCCGGAAGGCUGUGGUAGCAUGUCCGGCAAGGUGGUCAAGCUUGAGCGUGCCCUGUAUGGCCUAAAGCAGAGUGACCGUGGUGCAGGGUUGACCGUGUGUCUUCCGGAAGGGGUGGAUCGACAGGUCGUAGGUCUCAUCGUGAUCUACGUCGAUGACAUCUUAGUGGCGGCAGACAAGGGAGAGCGAGAGGAGUUGUCCGCUUCCCUCAAGAAGAAGUUUCCGGUGAAAGAUCUGGGGGAGUGUACCUGGUACGACGGGUGUGCUAUCGCCAUGGAUGUAGAAAAUGGCAUCACCAAUCUGUCCCAGACAACAUACAAUGAGAGUAUGCUGAAGCGGUUUGAUGUGACCACGACCGCUUUCACCCCUGCUGCCACCGAUGCCGACCUAGGGCCGAACAGAGAUGACGAGCCCGCGGUCGAUGAGCCUGUGAGAGAGGCGAUCGGAUGCCUGAUGUGGAUGAAGCUGACGAGGCCAGACAUCGCCCUGCCUCUGAACAAGCUCCAGAAGAUCGCCCACUCACCCACCGGGAGGAUAUGGAACGCGCUUGUGCGGAUCGUGUCCUACCUGAACUUCACGAAGGACUUCGGCAUCACCUACGUACGGGGGUCAGGACUAGACCUAAGCGAGUUUGCCUACGCUGACAACGAAUUAGACAGGCGUUCUACGACCGGGCUAGCUGGCGUGAAGGAGGCGUUGUUUGUGCGUGGCGUUCUGUCGUUCAUAGCGCCCGAGACGAGUGGGGCGACGAUCAAGGUCCUUGAGGACAGCAAGGAGGCUCUCGCCUUGAUCGAGAACCCGUUCAGCUCAGCGAGGAGCAAGCACAUCGACGUGCGGUUCCAUUUCAUUCGCGAGCUAUUCAAGUCUGGCAAGACCACUGCAGAGUAUGUUCCGACUGGAGAGCAGCACGCCGACAUGCUAACCAAGGUUCUUGGCAGAGAGAAGUUAGAGUACCACCGGAAGGCUCUGAUGGACCUACCGAUGUAG